ACGUCGCGUAAAGUUGCUCAAACGCAUCUUACCCACAACCCACCGCGGUCUUUCUCAGCAGUAAACAUGGCGGCAAGGGCACCAGUUGCAAUAGGCAGGCUCCUGGUUGACUUCCGUAAAUGGUAUUACAACUUGUGUGGCUUCAACAAACUUGGUUUAAUGCGUGAUGACGUACUCUAUGAGGACUCGGAUGUGAAGGAAGCCGUCAGGAGGCUUCCGGAGAACAUGUACAACGACAGGACUUUCAGGAUCAAGAGAGCCCUGGAUCUCUCCAUGAAGCAUCAGAUUCUCCCUGAAGACCAGUGGACAAAAUACGAAGAGGAUGUCCGUUAUCUGACACCGUACCUGGAGGAGGUGAUCCAUGAGAGAAAAGAAAAAGAGGAGUGGAUGAAGAAAUAGGCCAUUCUGGUUCACAGCUGUUAAUCUCGUCUUCGGUUGGUGUGUGGUCGUCCCCUGGUGUAAUAUUUAACAUGAAAUGUAAUUACAUAUAUAAGACAGUGCUCAUUAAAGAAAUGUUGAAACAUG